ACAUGUUCGUGCAAUCAUAAGAACAAGGAAGUCAAAUACACUGCGCUCUCUCACCCCAGCACCCUCUCCCCAGCUAACUUAUCCCUCCCACAGAGAUCACGAAUGUUCUCCUGAUAUCUGUAUUUACUCUCGACGUUCGCCAUUGUCAAGCUGUCUUCCGGUAUCCGAGCUCACCCAGUCUCGUUCUCUCCUCAGUGUACAAGCAGCCGUCAACGGAAAGAGAUGUCUGUCGGUGCAGCAAACUAUGUCUUCAUGGUGUUGUGCUUGGUGGUGGGGACACUGGACGUACCCCUUAGUCCUCGUUAUGAACGACAGGCCGGUCACAGGCUGGUGACUCCGGCGAAGUGUGACCGUGGAGGGAGUUCACUGUGGACACCGUGUGGCGAUGACCUCUGUUGUUGCCGCGAGCCCCUGGCAGACUGCACAGGACAAAACCUCUCUUACAUUCCCGCAUUCUUCGAGUUCGCAAAAAUCUCACAUCUGGAUUUUUCUUACAAUACUCUCCAGGCUAUCGACGAAAAGACACUCGAAAAUGUGACUUCCUUCACGAAUAUCGCUCUGGAGAAAAAUUCCUUAGCCUACGUCCAUCCGAACUCCUUCAAAAACUUGACUGCAUUGAGAGCUCUGAAUCUGGACCUUAAUCACCUCAACGACUCUGCGGGACUUUUCUUGGCCCUCAAAGUGACGACCUCACUGGAAAAUUUGACUGUCAACGGCAACAAACUCGACAGUCUCGAUUUCAGUCACGUGGCACAGCUUCGAAAUUUACGUUUCUUACAUAUUCGUAACAACACAAUUGGAAACGUUGUAACGAAGGAUGUUGAGGUACAAGAUAAUCUCGUCCACCUGGGUUUAAGUAAAAACGUUUUGUCCAUGUUCCCGGAGUUUUGUGCUGACAACAACACGCCAAUCUUCCCGAACCUUCGCUACCUGAACUUAGAAUGGAAUAAGAUUACCAGCUUAGAUGACAUGGGAUGCUUGCCCAACCUCGCCACCUUGAUACUCAGCGGCAAUGCCAUCUAUAACACCAAAACGAACUUCCUGCAGGGGUUACCCAGUCUGCGAACUUUGUUUUAUAAAACGUGUACAAGCAGGUUGGUGGAAGGUUCUGCCUUUAACCACUCGGGCCUGCAACACCUGGACGUCAGCGAGAGCCUGUGGUUCUUCGACCACAUCUACGGCAAAGGUAUUAAUCUGGAUGUAUUCAAGUUCAUGCCGAACUUACAGACAAUAAACAUCUCCUGGUCUGUGUUUCAUUUCGCCAACGAAAGCGAGAUGCAUAGAGUUCUUUCUCCUCUUACUCACGUGAAGGAGUUUAUCAUGCGAGGGACCGGAAUAGAAUCCAUCCCGAGGAUAGUGAUGGCUAAUUUCACAAACCUUACUUACCUGGAUGUAAGUGAUAGCGAAAUACCGUACUUAGCAGAUAACACCUUCGAAAACUUGACCAACCUUCGAAAUUUGACCUUAAGUUACAAUUUCAUGACAACAUUCAGCGAACGUCUGCUGGAGCCGCUUUUGAAAGGAAACCAAGUAAUUACAUUAGACUUUAGUGGCAACCCCUUCUCCUGCCAGUGCGACUUGCUGUGGAUGAUCAAGAAUUUUCAAGACCAAAAGGCUGGGAGCAAUUUCGUCUUCCUGAACAGAGAUUCGUACAUCUGCACUCACCCACCAACGAUGGUUGGCGUACGUCUGGAGGAUGUGUCGUUGUCGGACCAGGCUUGCAUCUUCAACUACAACACUUACAUCGCCAUUCUCCUCGUCAGCAUCUUCACAGUUGUCAUCACUCUCCUCUGCGCUCUCAUCUACAGGUUCCGUUGGCAGUGUCGGUUUUUAGUUUACACCCUGCAACAUCGCUGUUCAGAUCGACAAGGUAGGACAGGUGUUCAAACCGCGUCCAUCUACGACAUCUUCGUGUCCUACGACAACAGAGACAACCAGUGGGUGCAUCAGGUGCUGCAGAAAGAACUAGAAAACAACCGACGCUUCCGGUUGUGUCUGCACGAGCGCGACUUCCUCCCCGGAAAGUUCAUCAGCCACAACAUCAUCGAACGACUGGAAGAAAGUCGCGCCAUCUUGCUGGUCCUGUCCAACUCCUUCUUGAAAAGCGAAUGGUGCCGCUUUGAGAUGUUUCUAGGCGUCAAGUCUGGACUGGCUGAGAAAAGGUUGGUUGUAGUUCCGGUUCUGCUGGAAGACCUGGACAAGACUUUGGUAGACAGCUUCGUCUGCACACUGCUGCACACAACGACAUACAUCGCCUGGCCUGCCAGGGGCACCAGCACAGAGAUCGAGCGCUUUUGGAAAAACCUUUCUCGGGUCAUCUCCGGAAGACGAAGAAUACAGUCAAACUAUGUCUUCAUGGUGUUGUACUUGGUGGUGGGGACACUGGAAGUACCCCUUAGUCCUCAGCAUGAACGACAGGCCGGUCACAGGCUGGCGACUCCGGCGAAGUGUGACCGUGGAGGGAGUUCACUGUGGACACCGUGUGGCGAUGACCUCUGUUGUUGCCGCGAGCCCCUGGCAGACUGCACAGGACAAAACCUUUCUUACAUUCCCGCAUUCUUCGAGUUUGCAAACAUCUCUCAUCUGGAUUUUUCUUACAAUUUUCUCCAGGCUAUCGACGAAAAGACACUCGAAAAUGUGACUUCCUUCACGAAUAUCGCUCUGGAGAAAAAUUCCUUAGCUUACGUCCAUCCGAACUCCUUCAAAAACUUCACUGCAUUGAGAGCUCUGAAUUUGGACCUUAAUCACCUCAACGACUCUGCGGGACUUUUCUUGGCCCUGAAAAUGACGACCUCACUGGAAAAUUUGACUGUCAACGGCAACCAACUCGACAGUCUCGAUUUCAGUCACGUGGCACACCUUCGAAAUUUACGCUUCUUACAUAUUCGUAACAACACAAUUGAAAACGUUGUAACGAAGGAUGUUGAGGUACAAGAUAAUCUCGUCCACCUGGGUUUAAGUAAAAACGUUUUGCCAAAGUUCCCGGAGUUUUGUGCUGACAACAACACGACAAUCUUCCCGAACCUUCGCUACCUGAACUUAGAAUGGAAUCAGAUUACCAGGUUAAACGACAUGGGAUGCUUGCCCAACCUCGCCACCUUGAUACUCAGUGGCAAUGCUGUCUAUCACACGAAAAGGAACUUCCUGCAGGGGUUACCCAGUCUUCAAACGUUGUAUUUCAAAUCAUGUACAAGCAGGUUUGUGGACGGUUCUGCCUUUAACCACUCUGGCCUGCAACACCUGGACGUCAGUGAGAACCUGUGGUUCUUCGACCACAUCUACGGCAAAGGUAUUAAUCUGGAUGUAUUUCAUUUCAUGCCGAACUUACAGACAAUAAACAUCUCCUGGACUACGUUUCAUUUCGCCAACGAAAGCGAGAUGCACAGAGUUCUUUCUCCUCUUACUCACGUGAAGGAAUUUAUCAUGGAAGGGACUGGCAUUCAAUCCAUCCCGAGGAUAGUGAUGCGUCACUUCACAAACCUUACUUACCUGGAUGUAGGUGUUAACGAAAUACCGUACUUAGCAGACAACACUUUCGAAAACUUGACCAACCUUCGAAAUUUGACCAUAAGUUACAAUUUCAUGACAACAUUCAGCGAACUUCUGUUAGAGCCGCUUAUGAAAGGAAACCAAGUAAUUACAUUAGACUUUAGUGGCAACCCCUUCUCCUGCCAGUGCGACUUGCUGUGGAUGAUCAAAAAAUUUCAAAAACAAAAGUCUGGGAGCAGGUUCGUCUUCCUGAACAAAGAUUCGUACAUCUGCACUCACCCACCAACGAUGGUUGGCGUGCGUCUGAAGGAUGUGCCGUUGUCGGAGCAGGCUUGCAUCUUCAACUACAACACUUACAUCGCCAUUCUCCUCGUCAGCAUCUUCACAGUUGUAAUCACUCUCCUCUGCGCUCUCAUCUACAGGUUCCGUUGGCAGUGUCGGUUUUUAGUUUACACACUGCAACAUCGCUGGUCAGAUCGACAAGGUAGGACAGGUGGUCAAACCGCGUCCAUCUACGACAUCUUCGUGUCUUACGACAACAGCGACAACCAGUGGGUGCAUCAGGUGCUGCAGAAAGAACUAGAAAACAACCGACGCUUCCGGUUGUGUCUGCACGAGCGCGACUUCCUCCCCGGAAAGUUCAUCAGCCACAACAUCAUCGAACGACUGGAAGAAAGUCGCGCCAUCUUGCUGGUCCUGUCCAACUCCUUCUUGAAAAGCGAAUGGUGCCGCUUCGAGAUGUUUCUGGGCUUCAAGUCUGGACUGGCUGAGAAAAGGUUGGCUGUAGUUCCGGUUCUGUUGGAAGACCUGGACAAGACUUUGGUGGACAGCUUUGUCUGCACACUGCUGCACACAACGACAUACAUCGCCUGGCCUGCCAGGGGCACCAGCACAGAGAUCGAGAGCUUCUGGAAAAACCUUUCUCUCGUCAUAGCUGGAAGACGAAGAAUACAAAACCCUCCUAUUCUUCUGAAGCAAUAUCUACUCCGGACAUCCUCCGCUGACUCCACAGUCACGCUGGCUCUUUCUUCUACUUCAGACCUCAUGCGACCACCUUCCUCUACAGACACCUGUAGACUGAGAAUGUUGUCUGCCAGUACAGCAAGCUAUGUGAUCACCACGAUUUUCUUGGUGCUAGUGGUGCAGACGACAGGUGCCAGACGACGGGUGGAGGGCAAGCUUCAGGCUGGGGUGUUGGCAUCCUACAAAGCCACCCGGAGGUUUAGCUGCAAGGAGGGAAGUGUUUGUGGAGACGGAUUCUGCUGUUGUCAUGACAGUUUUGCAGACUGCAGAGGAGGAAACCUCUUUUACAUUCCUGCCUUUCCUGAGGGCAUCACACACCUAAAUUUCUUCUCAAAUGUCCUCAGGGCUAUCGACGAGAAAACUCUCCGCAAUGCCACCUUCAUGGUGGAGCUGAAUCUGAGCAACAACUCUUUAUCUUAUGUCCACCCGAACUCCUUUGAAAACUUAACUCGAAUGGAAACUCUCUAUUUGGACUUAAAUUACCUGAAGGAUUCUGAAGCUCUUCUCUUCGCUCUCAAGAGUGCUACGUCCUUAAAAAACUUGACUGUCGAGGACAACAACCUCCACAAUCUCGAUUUCAACCACGUGACUCAGCUCGGCAACCUAAGUAUGUUGUCUGUUUGUAACAACGCCAUUAGUAACGUUUACACGAAAGAUAUUCAGGUGCAGGACCACAGUCUUGUCAAGCUGGAUAUCAGCGAAAACUUUCUGACUGAAUUCCCAAAUUUUUGCACAGACCAAGACAUGCCAGUGUUACCGAGACUAAACCAUCUGAACUUAGAAUGGAAUCAGAUUACCAACUUAAAUAACAUGGGAUGCUUGCCCAGCCUCUCCACCUUGAUACUCAGCGGCAAUGCUGUCUAUCACACCAGAAAGAACUUCCUGCAGGGGUUACCCAGUCUGCGAACAUUGCAUUUCAAAACGUGUACCAGCAGGUUCGUGGACAAUUAUGCCUUCAACCACUCUGGCCUGGAACACCUGGACGUCAGCGAGAACGUGUGGUUCUUCGACCACUUCUACGGCAAAGGCAUCGGACAUGAUCUCUUUCGUGACAUGCCAUGCUUGCAGUCAGUAAACAUGUCUUGGACUGUCUUUCAUUUCACCGAGGCAAGUGAGAUGGUCAGAAUCAUGUCCCCACUUGCUCAUGUCAAAGCAAUUAUCCUGGAAGGAGUUGGCCUGACUUCGAUCCCACAGGUGAUCCGUACAAGCUUUCGCAACCUCACUUACCUGGACAUAGCUGUUAACGAAAUACCGUAUUUGCCAGAUAACACUUUUGAGAACUUAACCGGUCUACAAAGACUAGAUAUGAGUCACAAUUAUAUGACAACAGUUAGUGAGACUCUAUUGAAACCACUUUUAGGAGAAAACAAAACCGUUCAGUUGGACUUCAGCUCGAACCCCUUCUCCUGCGUGUGUGACUUAAUGUGGAUGAUCAACAUUUUUCAGCAGCAAAAGGGUGAAGACGGAUUGGAGUUCCUGAACAAAGAUUGGUACAUCUGCACGAACCCAGCGAGUGUCAUCGGGGUGAGUCUGGCCAACGUGUCGCUGUCGGACCAGGCUUGCAUCUUCAACUACAACAUAUACAUCGCCGUUCUCUUCAUCAGUAUCCUCUCCAUUGCCUUCAUUCUUGUAGGUGCUCUCGUUUACAGGUUCCGCUGGCAAUGCCGGUUCUUAUUUUACACGCUACAGCAUCGACUAUCAAAUAGACGAAAAACGAAAGACAUCGAUAAUACUUUCAUCUACGACGUUUUCGUCUCCUACGACAGCAACGACAACCAGUGGGUGCAUCAGGUGCUGCAGCAAGAACUAGAAAAAAACCGACGCUUCCGGUUGUGUCUGCACGAGCGCGACUUUACCCCCGGAAAGUUCAUCAGCCACAACAUCAUCGAACGACUGAAAGAAAGUCGCGCCAUCUUGCUGGUCCUGUCCAACUCCUUCUUGAAAAGCGAGUGGUGCCGCUUCGAGAUGUUCAUGAGCAUCAAGUCUGGACUGGCUGAGAAAAAGUUGGUUGUAGUUCCAGUUCUGCUGGAAGACCUGGACAAGACUUUGGUGGACAGCUUCGUCUGCACACUGCUGCACACAACGACAUACAUCGCCUGGCCUGCCAGGGGCACCAGCACAGAGAUCGAGAGCUUCUGGAGAAACCUUUGUCGUGUCAUCCCCGGGAAGUGAGAGAGCAUCAUUGUAACGGCUGUUUGAUCCUCUAUAAAAUUUCAUACAGUACCUCGGAUGUUUGUGACAGUACGGAGGGAUCUUUUCAAAAUACGUCUGCGUCGGCCUACCAUAGUUUAUCGUUACAAGACGGUAUCACGAAGUGGCUGUCAGCGAAUUCAUUCACAAUAAUAAAAUAAUGUGUCUGAAUAGUUAAAAAAAGUACAAUCUCCAAGGCACAAGAGUACACCUUUUGAUAACCUCAUAGCUAUAAUGUAUAUCUAAAAAUUACUUAACAGUAUACAUGUCAGCGAGUUUUGGCAGCCAUGGUUGAGUCAUAAAUGCGGAUUUGUCAGAUCGCGCACCUGGUACACUGGUUUGCAGUCUUUCCAGCAGUCAAAGCAACAGAUUGUAAAUAAUUUUCAUUUGUCACUCGUCUCUUUUUCUGCUCAUUCAUUGACUAGAACGAUAAUAAUGCUAGAUAUGUUUUUAUUGUCGCUGUUAACAUUACCCGCCAUUUUAGAGUCUUUUUUUUAAAACCCAAAAAAGUAUUAAUGUUUGGUUCAUCUAAAAGUUAUAAGGUAGAUAAUUGUGUUGUUUUACUCAUUAUAUAUAUUAGCCUGGCUUCAAAUUAAAAUUAA